GGCAGCUACCUCCGGCAGCUAGAGCAGUUGACAGUCACCGUGGGAGAGACCUGCAAUGUCCUCAGCAACUUCCACUGCUUCUUUGCCCAGCGGCCUGGCUGUCCUGACAACUUUCCCAGAUGUGCUCUUCAUCCCUGAAUUCAUCUUUGGGGGCCUUGUCUGGAUCCUGGUGGCUUCCUCGAGGGUCCCAUCACCCAUCCUUCAAGGCUGGGUGAUGUUUGUCUCUGUGUUCUGCUUUGUCAUGUCCACCACUCUCCUGUGCCUCUACUUCUGCGGGGCACAUGGAGGCAGCAGCUCCUGGGUCACCUUGGAUGCCAUCUGCCAGGCAACAGCAGCUCUGUUCUACCUCAGUGCUGCUGUGUUGGAAGCCUACUUCACCUAUGCCAUCGGCUUGGUGUCUGACAACCCUCUGGUAGCACCCAUCUACAGGGAAAACAUUGCUGCUGUGGUGUUUGCAUUCUUAGCUACCCUGGUGUACGUGAUCCAUAAGGUGUUCUCACUCCUGCGAUGGAAAUCAUCCUAAGAGCCUCCUCUCGCAAGUGUCUUGUGGUCACCCCAUGGACACAAAGGCUGUUUCAAUGACUGCAGUUUCCAGACUGGGUUUGGGGUUUGUUUUGUAAUGUAUAUACUAUAAACAAGCAGCUUUUCAUGUGGGACUAUGGCAUUGAAGACAAAGAGCCUGCCAGGGAAAGCUGUUUCCUGGCAUGAUCCGUUCCCGUUCAGCCUCUUCUGGGUUGGGUACAGUUUUAUGCUGGUAAUUGGUGCCCAAAUAGAAAAACGACCAGCUCUAAAAAGAAUAGUUGGGAUCAAAGUGCUAUAAUCUCCCUGAACCACACCUUUAUGCCUCCAGGGUUGUUACUGCUAUCAGGGGAAGCCUGAACAACCAGCACUAAGGAGCAUGAGUAUGAAACCGGGUCAUUUUAAUUGCCGCCCAUCCAUGUGAGCCUCUUUCCCUCCCUAAACCUGCUGUGCCAAAAGAACAUAUUCAUGCAGUUUCUGCAAAUGCUUCCUCUAACUUGUGAUGAGAAACUGGGACAAUACCUUGCUUCCCUCAGGGGCAAUAUGAGCCAUUGCAACCUCUGAAGGGUAUUGCUGACUUAUGAGGCACAACCAUCAUGCCAGAAAUGACCGCUGUCAAAAAUACCCCUUCAAAAUCCAACCCUGAAGGUGCGUGGUAGACUGUAGAAAAAUCAUAUGGAUUAUUAGAAUAACAUCUUGAAUAAGCAGAGGCAAUCAACUCUUGUCUUCAGUGCAUGGCUGCUCUCACAUACCCCAGCACUAUGCUGCUAAAAAAAGAUGGGGUUGCUGUGAUUUUGCAAACAGGCAAGAGUAAUUUCUGCUAUCUUCCCUUUGCUGCACACAGGUACACACUCCUAUACAGCCUCAGGAGCACUGGGCAGCAACAGGGCAAUGCCAGAAUAGAAAGCACAGACUUGGGCGUGACUGAGAGAGCUUUUCUGGCAAUGGGAGCCUGUGGGCCUGGGGGAUAAACCAACUCAGGCUAAUCUCUCAGAAUUACAGAGUGUUAGAUGUUGGAAGGGACCUCUGGAGAUCCACCCCCUGCCCCUGCUGGCGCAGGACCACCACAGAAUCUAGGGCAGGUCACACAGAAAUGCAUCCAUAUGGGUCUUGGAAGUCUCCAGAGAAGGAGACUCCACAACCUCCCUGGACAGCCUGUUCCAGUGCUCUGCCACUCUUGUCACCUUCACAGUAAAGA